AUGGCAUACGCAAUUCCCUUCAAACUCAAUCGCCCCGAUUUACUCGAGACCAAUGCCUACGUUGGAGGCCAGUUUGUGCCUUCGCAAUCGGCUUCCACUUUCGACGUCAUCGAUCCUGGUACGGAUAAGCCGUGGGUUCAGGUCGCCGACAACGCCGCUGCCGAUGUCUCCCCUGCCGUCCAGGCAGCGUAUGACGCCUUCUUGAAGUACCGAACCAUUUCUCCCCGUACUCGCUCUCAGUGGCUGUACAAGUGGGACGCUCUCAUCAAAGAGCACAAGCAGGACAUUGCAACUAUCCUUGUGUACGAGACAGGAAAGCCAUUUGCUGAAGCGAUUGGCGAACUCGACUAUUCCCUGUCCUUUACCUGGUGGUUUGCCGGCGAAGCAGAGCGUAUCCAAGGCACUGCAUUUACGCCUGCGCUUCCCGGUCGGCGAGUGUUGACGAUCAAGCAGCCCUUGGGCGUGGCUGCCGCUCUCGUACCAUGGAAUUUCCCCAUCGCCAUGGUCCUCCGCAAGGCGGGCGCGGCGCUGGCUGCCGGCUGCACCAUGAUCGUGAAGCCCUCGCCUGAGACUCCCAUGUCCGCCCUGGCCGUAGCCAAGCUGGCCACCGAGGCUGGCUUUCCUCCAGGGGUGCUAAACGUACUUCCAACCAGCCUCGAGAAUACGCCGUCCCUGAGCGAAGCCCUCUGCCGGCACCCGCUCGUCAAGAAAAUCUCCUUCACCGGUUCCACCCGCGUCGGCAAACUCAUCGCCUCCCACUGCAGCAGCACCCUCAAGAAGCUCACCCUCGAGCUCGGCGGCAACUGCCCGGCCCUCGUCUUCGACGACGCGGACCUCGACCGCGCCGCGGCCCAGCUGCUCGCCCUCAAGUGGCGCCACGCCGGCCAGGCCUGCGUCACCGUCAACCGCUUCCUCGUGCAAGCCGGCGUCUACGACCGCUUCGUCGCCCGCUUCGCCGCCGACACGGCGCGCGCCGUCGUCGUCGGCCACGGCGCCAGCCCCGCAACUACCAUGGGGCCCGUCACUACGUCGCGCGGCGUCGAGCGCGCGGAGCGCGUCGUCGCGGAUGCGCUGGCGAGGGGCGCGCGGCUGGUGUGCGGGGGGAAGAGGGUGCGGGUCGGUGGUGUCGAGGCGGGGUGCGAGAGGGGGUAUUUCUUUGAGCCGACGAUCCUGGCGGACAUGCCGUGGGAUGGGGCGCUGGUGGGUUGCGAGGAGGUCUUUGCGCCUGUCGCGGCGUUUUAUCGCUUCGAGACGGAGGAGGAGGCGGUGCGCUUGGCGAACGAUACGCCCAUGGGGUUGGCGAGCUAUGCCUUCACGCAGGAUGUGGAUAGGCUGUGGAGGCUGUUUGAGGUGCUGGAGGCUGGCAUGGUUGGGUUGAAUACUGGUAACUCUUCGGCUGCCGAGUCUCCUUUUGGCGGGAUGAAGGAUUCUGGGUACGGGAAGGAGUCGGGGAAGGAUGUUGCGGUGAAUGAGUACCUCGUGACGAAGACCGGGACUCUUACGGUUCAGGGCGUGUGA